CAUUAAUUGCAAUGUCUUUGUAAUCAAUGCUCACAUCCAUCACAAACACUGUCAUUGAAUCUGAUCCUCAAAGCGCUGCUCAUUAUCUGAACUUUGAUCCAAACCUCUAUCACCUCUUAAUCGCUGCCAUCGCUGUGUCCGUCGUAUUCCUCGGCUUAUCAAUGGAUUUGUUUCCAAUGGGUUUGAGUUCCGCUCAAAACAGUUACUUUCCCGUUUGGUCCUACGAUAACGACCCGACCUCUGAUCCCAACGACGACUUCCCGCCCACUGAAGACCCCGUAUGGGUGUUGGGCAUCAAAUACAGUUCACUCCACGAACUCGAAGAAUUGCGAACUGAUGUCAAGUCUCGCAUUUGGAUCACAUAUCGCAAGAACUUCGUGGGCAUCGGUGGUCCGAAUGGACACACGUCUGACAGCGGGUGGGGCUGUAUGUUGAGGUGCGGUCAGAUGGCUUUGGCUCAGGCCUUAUGCAUACGACACCUGACCAGAGACUGGCGAUGGACUCAGAACUACACACUCGAGUCGGACCUCCAGUACCGCGAAGUACUGAAGCUGUUUGAGGACAAGAAGACGUGUAUCUACUCUAUCCAUCAAAUCGCUCUCAUGGGCGCCUCCGAGGGAAAGCCUGUCGGCAAUUGGUUCGGACCCAACACUAUCGCUCAGGUGUUAAAAAAACUGUCCGCUUAUGACAAAUGCAAUGAUAUUGUCAUUCAUGUGGCGAUGGAUAACAUGGUUGUCAUCGAUGAGAUCAAAAACUCUUGUAAACCCCAAGAGAACGGAACCGACGAUUCAGAUAAUGAAGCGAAUGACAAGAAAUUAUGGAAACCAUUGGUUUUAUUUAUUCCUCUGCGGUUGGGUUUGUCUGAAAUAAAUCCCAUCUAUUUUAAGUCACUUAAGACGACGUUCGCAAUGAAGCAGUCGUUGGGUAUAAUCGGCGGUCGACCCAAUCAUGCCUUAUAUUUGAUCGGAUGUGUGGCCAACGAACUGGUCGUCUUAGACCCGCACACGACUCAGCCAUUUGUCGACUUAGAGGAGCCCGAGGCCGACGACUCAACCUAUCACUGCCCGCGAGCCUCUCGGAUGGACAUCAGUCUACUCGACCCGUCCAUCGCUUUGUGUUUCUAUUGCGACACCGAAGAGGAGUUUGACAGUUGGUGUCAAUUGACAUACAAAGCACUCAUUUUAGGCGAAAAGCAGUCACUCUUUGAAUUAACUAAAGAAAGGCCAUCGCAUUGGCCCUCAUAUGAGGAGCAGAUCGACGCCAACACAGCCAUCGUGUCGACGGGCACCUCAACCCUCAACUCAAACACAUGCGAGUCGUUCACAGAACUCGAGGACACAAACAGAGAUGAUUCCGACGAGGAGUUUGAGUUAUUGGGAUAACAGUCGUGUCUAUUAUCUCGUAUUUGUGACCAAUUUUUGUUAUAUAAUGUGUUUUAUAAACUAUAAAAUUGUCUUUUUUAUAAGACUUGUAAAUUGCAAUCAAAUCGCAAAUAUUUUUUAAUUACAAAACAAAAUGCAUCAAAAUAUUUAAAAAUAAAUAUUAAUUAUGUUGUGAAUUGUUUCAUAAAUUAAAUUAUAUUAACAA